AUUGGGACUUCCUUCUGUUUUUUCUUUUCUAUUUACUCAGUUGAGAAUCGACACACAGCAAAAGAAAGCAAACCCGUUCUUUCCAAAUCAAGAAACUGCCUGCUUUGCUUCUUCCUUUCUUUUCUUUGGCCUUUCGUGGCCUUCCUUCUUCUUCGCUCUCUCUCUCCCGCAAAUCUAUCUGGUUAUCCAUUUUUCUCCAAUGGAAGCCACUACCCAAUCUUGCGGGCGUCUUGAUUUUGGCAAGAUGGGCUAUGGAUGCGAGCAUUACAGGAGGAGAUGCAGGAUUCGAGCUCCAUGUUGCAAUGAGAUCUUUUGGUGUCGCCAUUGUCACAAUGAGUCCGCGAGCACAUUGAAGAACCUCUGUGAUCGUCACGAGAUCAAUCGCUUUGAUGUCAAGCAAGUGAUAUGUUCAGUUUGUGACACAGAGCAGCCGGUUGCUCAAGUUUGUACAAACUGUGGUGUCAAUAUGGGGGAAUAUUUUUGCGGAGUAUGCAAAUUCUUUGAUGAUGAUACAGAUAAAGGGCAGUUUCAUUGUGAUGAUUGUGGAAUCUGUAGAGUUGGCGGCCGUGAGAAUUAUUUUCACUGCAGUAAAUGUGGUUCAUGCUAUGCAAUUAGCCUGCUUGGUAAUCAUUCAUGCGUGGAAAAUUCUAUGCGCCACCACUGCCCCAUAUGUUAUGAGUACUUAUUUGACUCCCUGAAAGACACUACUGUAAUGAAAUGUGGGCACACCAUGCAUUUUGAAUGUUACAAUGAGAUGAUAGAGCGAGACAAAUACUGUUGUCCUAUAUGCUCCAAAUCAGUGAUUGACAUGUCCAAAACUUGGAAGAGAAUUGAUGAGGAGAUAGAAGCAACUGUCAUGCCUGAAGAUUACCGCUACAAGAAGGUUUGGAUCCUGUGCAAUGACUGCAAUGACACAACAGAAGUCUACUUCCACAUAAUUGGACAGAAAUGCAGCCACUGCAAAUCAUACAACACCCGCACAAUUGCACCUCCAGUUCUACCUCAAUGACUUGGAGCCACAUAUAUAUAUAUAUAUAUAUAUACUUAUAUUCGUCAUUGAUGGGAUUCAUUGAUUCAUUGAGAAGCUUGCAUCCAGAUUAUUAAACAGUUGGGAUUCAUUCAAUUGCAGCUCAAAUGUUAUCAUUAUUGAUUAACAAUGGAAGCUAUACCAGCUACCAUAUGAUUCCAAAUGUAGCAUUUGCAUUCAUGCCUCAGAAACAUUUCUCAAGUUAUUUCUUUUUUCUCCAAUUUAUAAAGGUAAAAACCCAGUCUUCAAGUUUCUGGGUUAAUGUAAACAUUACAUACACAAUUCCACAGGAAUGAUGAGUUCCUUAUCAUGUAAUCCCAGAAAUUGUGUUAUUAUAUCAGUGAUUGGAUUGAAUAAUUGGUUGGCCGUAUUAGACAUCAA